CAAUCGGAUUAGUAUCAAUUAUGGAUUUUUGCUAUAUAAACGCUACGAAUGUUACAUUCGACCUCUUCAAUCCUGCAUCGAACGGUAGACGAUGACUUCCAAACUCACGGUAGCUUUCCUGCUCGUCGCCAGUUUGGCACUCGUGUGCUCCAGAGCCGCCCACAAGAUCGUCGGCGGUGAUGAAGCCGAGCCGCACGAGUUCCCCUACCAGAUCUCGCUGCAGUGGAACUUCAACGAUGGACGAACUCCCACAAUGCAUUUUUGCGGAGGAUCGCUGCUAAACGAGAACUUUGUCCUGACGGCUGCCCACUGCAAGACUUCGUAUUCCGAAGACGGAACCAUCGAAGUGGUCGCCGCUGAACAUGACGUGGAAACCGUGGAAGGACCCGAACAACGCCGUAACGUGGCGGAAUUCAUCGUCCACGAAGGAUACGACGUCAUCCAGGGGGUCAGUCCUGAUGACAUUGCCGUCAUCCGGGUGGACAAGCCAUUCCAGUUGAACGACAAGGUUAAGACCGUUCAGCUGCCCAAGCAGUUCGAACAGUUCGAAGGUGAUGUAACCCUGAGCGGAUGGGGAUCCAUCUCGACGACUGUGUACCCGGAAUAUCCGGAUAAGUUGAGGAAAGUCGAGCUUCCGCUGGUAGACUACGAUCAGUGCAACCUUCUGUGGGGUUAUGGCAGUGCUCUGGCGACAAGCAAUGUCUGUGCUGGCCCGAUCGAUGGCUCCAAGUCGGCCUGUUCGGCCGAUUCCGGUGGUCCACUGGUGAAGCAGACCGGUGAUGAAGUGAUCCAGGUCGGUGUUGUGUCGUGGGGAGCUGUUCCAUGCGGAUCGCCACGUCGUCCGACGGUGUUUGCCGGAGUUUCCCAUUACGUCGAUUGGAUCGAGCAGCAGCUCCGUGUGUAAGGAAGGGUAUCGGGACUUUACUGCGUUGUGAUGUUGACCAAAAUGAACAAUGAUUCAUAUCAGAAUUAAACAUAUGGCAAAUUGAAAAUUUGAA